CCCGCUGUCAUCCCCGAUGAAAACUUAAACCCUAAACCCAAAAUCACUCCCUCCGUUCAGCUCACGACGCAGAUCCUACGCUCUACUUUCUCUGUCGUUCUCAACAAAAAAGACGAUCAGAAAUGGGUAAGGUGCACGGCUCACUGGCUCGUGCAGGGAAGGUGAGAGGCCAAACCCCGAAGGUGGCUAAGCAAGACAAGAAGAAGAAGCCCAGAGGUCGCGCCCAUAAGCGUAUGCAGUACAACCGCCGUUUUGUCACCGCCGUUGUUGGCUUUGGGAAGAAGCGUGGACCUAACUCUUCGGAGAAGUGAGCCUUCACUUACUCCUUGGAGGCAGCGGUUUUGGAUCUUAAGUUUGACAGAUACCAUCAAAAGAUUUAUGUAGCUGCCAUAACAUUAGUUGUAGCUAGUUUGUUCUGUUUGGGGUUUCUUGCCUGUUGAAUAUGAAAACUAAAUUACUAACACAAGUAGAGUUCAGUUUGUUAUAUAAAUUGUCUUAAUUUCUCUUUUUGCAUUUUCCCUGUUGCUACCUUCUAUUCUUCAAGGCUUGAUCAUUCCCUCCCGGCAAGGUUCUCUUUGAAGGUAGUAACUGAUUUUUGAAAAUUGUGUUGGAAUAUUAAAGCUAAUAAAUUUCAAUGGAAUAAUGCUUCUCAUGUUGUUACAGUCUUUAACACUUUCUGCCCCCAUAUAUGCCGGUGUUUUGACACUUAUCUUUCUCAAGGCUGGACCAUGUUCCUCCCAUAGCCAUGUGUGGACCGUGGAUGUUUGACAACCUCAAAAAUUGAAUGCUCAAGGAAGAACAUUCUUGUCGUUAGCCACCAUCUUUAUUCUUUUGAUAUGGGAAUGAUUUUUCCUUUGUAUCUAGAGUUUUGGUUCAUUUCAACAAUUUAAUGCAUUCUUAAACUCCCAAAUUGUGACAAACUUAGGCAGUAAUGCUAUGAUCCGAGAUGCCAUGGAUGGAAUCACUGCAAAGCCGGCUAGACGGCAGUUGUGGCAAUGAAUACUGAUAUAACAU